CUGGAUUUGACAAUGUAAAGGGGGCCAACCAUAAUCAUACCCUCUCCAUCAUGGCCAAGAUUUCCUGUGACGACUCUCUUUUUCAAGCUCUGUCAGGCAAGGUUGUCGUCCUUACAGGCGGUGCCACUGGAAUCGGUCGGUCUACGGUUCAGCAAUUUUGUGAACAUGGAGCCAAGGUCGUUUUUGGCGAUAUUCAUGAUAAAGCUGCAGAAAAGCUGGCAUUGAUGCUAGGUUCAUCCGUCGUCUUUCAACACUGUGAUAUCACCGUAUAUGACCAACAAUUGGCCCUUUUUGAGCGAGCAGAGAACCGAUUCGGUGGUGUCGACAUUGUGGUGGCGAAUGCGGGAGUCCUGAACCCAGACGACCGAUUUGCUCCGUCGCAGGAUCUCACUGUCGAACCUCGGUUUCCGGAGAUUGAUGUAAAUCUCAAGGGCAGUCUGUACACUACACGGAUCGGCCUAGACUAUCUUCGCCGACAUAAAGGUGGUGACUUGGUCCUUCUCAGCAGCAUUGCCGGAUUUAAGGAAGCUGGUGGUCUCACGCCGUAUCUUGCCAGCAAGCACGGGAUCAUUGGAAUCCUUCGUGGUCUCAGGCUUACUACAGGUCCAACGAUCCGUGUAAAUGCCGUUUCACCAUGGAUGACUCGGACUGCAAUGGUUCAUGGAAUUGAGGAUGGGUGGAUUAAUCAGGGACUACCUGUCAAUCAGCCGUCGGACGUAGCCCGUGCCGUGCUUAUUUGCGCAACAGCCAACCGAGGUUCAGGAAAGACACAUCCUGGAUGUCGACUUCCCUUUAAUGGCAAGAACCUUUUCGUAGCUGGAAGCGAGGCAUACGAAAUUGAAGACAAGCUGUGGGAGCUGGAGCCGGUGUGGCUGGGAGAGGACAAUAGCAAAGCCUUGGAAAAGGGCCAAAGCUAUCUCGCGGCUGAUCAGACUCAGUGGUAAGGUCAUCUUCCGUAAAGCUCAGUGGUAAACUCAAUAGACAAAACCCUGUCUCCCCAAAGCCGGCUCCAUGUUCAAGGAAUCCGGAUAAUCGACCUCAUCACCAUCAUACCUCGUGGGCACUGUAGAAACGUGGGAAGCAGUUGUGUACGGUCGCUGCGAGGGUGGUGGAGGUACAGUUUGC